GUGAGACGGUGAGGACGACGUCGCGCGCGCGGACGACAAGUAUAGUAUAGUAACAGUCCAGGCAGGCAAGCAAAGGACCCCAAACGACCAUUGACACCAACCUAGGCUACAGGAGCAGAGCAGAGAACAUCGUUGGCACUUUUUCUUUCCUCGCACACAUCGCAUCGCAAACAUCUCUUUCAUCACGUCAACGACAGGGACACGCGUACGCACAACGUAUCAGCAGCAGCAGCAGUGGUGGCCAGGAGACAGGAGACUAAAGUGUAUAUAGAAAGAGACAGCGCGAUCGAAUUUUCUGGCCGUUUGCCUAUGGUCGUCGUCGUCGUCGCCGCGGUGACCCACCGUGUGUGUGAGUGUGUGUGUUUUACCUACCCUUAUCGCGCGCUUUGUACUGCCCGCAGAGUCCCGCAGUAUAACAACAGCUUCGGCAACAGUUCCCUCUUGUCCAGAAAUCUCCGCUGCUGCUGUACCGAAGCAGCAGCCGCCUGCGUUUUACUAGUGGUCUAAAUAAUACAUAUAUAUAAUAUAUACAUAUAGAAAUUACUCCAGGGGCCACGGAGCAUUGAGGACGACGAGGAGCCAUCAGAGAGCCAGAGUUAUCGCGUAUUACAGUGGUUCGAUAGAUUGUUGUUGUUUUUUAGCAAGAUAAUUAGGACGGUAACAACAAGGAGCUUUUCCCAAAGUACAGAUAUAUUAAUACAUGCACACACAUAAUUAUACACAUACACAAGAGCAUCAGGACCUGGAGCCAAGAGUUGCUAUAUUCGUGUCGCACAGACGUUCUGGCGUUUGUCUCUUUUCGUUCUAGGACUUGAAGGGAGAACAAGGCAUUAGAUAUAAAUACGAACUCGUAUACACGCGUGUUUGGAUAAGAAGGCCGUGGAUUAACAUAAAUAAAAUUUUAAAAAAUAGAGUCUGUGAUAUUAGGCAGUACAUAUGUAUGCAUAAGUUAUACAUGUAUAGCUAAGAAAUAUUUGGAGAACUAGUGUACAAAGAACGAGAGACUGUUUUGUCGAAAAGAGUGCAUGUGAGAGUGAAAGCAAGCAAGUGAUCAAGUGUAGAAAACAAGAUUGAUUGAUUGUGACGAAUACAUUGAUUUGCCAAGUGUAAAGUUUGACCAAAUAACAUUUAGACUAAAGCAUCUUGGGGUGUUUAACGAUAAAAGUCUGGGAGCUAGGAUAAAGUGAGUCAGGGGCUUGAAAUCAGGGCUUAGAGGACCAUGUCAACUAGCUCCAGCAGUAGUGAUAAACUUGCUCCGGAUCCCAAGGAUGAAACCCCAGGAGACGAGGCGAUCAUUUCGCUAUCGAUUGCCGGAGAGGUGACCGAUCCUUCAAUCGUAAAAGUGGGCCGAUCGAGGCCUCAGUACCAAUAUUCAAGGGAAGAUCUGAUGAGGAUUAGGCUUCUCCCUCUGUCGAAGCGAAAACCUGACUGUCUUGAUCCUGCCCACAACACCAAUUCGCGCAGUAUUCGAGAUUUGGAACUGUGGAUCGUCGAAAGGAAGCGUAGCGAAACGCCACCCGAAAAGGAAGCAACGUCGCGCACCCGCAGCGAUCCUCCGGCUGAAAACAACGCCAAGCGUCGUAGCGGCGAUCCUCGCGAGCGCAUCCGUAAAGAGCAGGACGGUAUCGUGCUGAGCCCGCAGCGGCGUAGCUUCAAUUCGGGCUGCUUCGUCAACGUUACCGAUACCGUCAAGCAGCGUCCUCCGAGCCCCGUAGGGAAGCCCGAGAUACCUCAUCGAGAACCGGGACGGCGUAUCGGCAGCGGGCGUAUCAUUACGCGCGACGUCUGGGACUUCCGUUCGGAAAACGACAAGCUCGAUUCGGACUACGGCUUCCGUCCCGGGGACCGUGAUCGUGAUCGUGAUCGUGAUCGUGAUCGUGAUCGGCCAAAUGAUCGGGGCCCCCUGCGUGACCUGGAUCGGCGCGACCGUGAUCGUGAUAGGGAUCGCGAUAGAGACAGGGACCGCGACCGAGAUGAUCGGUUCGAAAGGCGCUCCUUUGGUCGUGACUUUGGCGACAGGGACCGCGAUCGGCACGACAGAAACGACAACAGAGACCGCGAUCGCCACGACAGAAAUGACCGAGAAAAGGACCGUGGUGGACGAGAUCGUGGGAGGUAUGGCAACGAUCGCAGGCGAACAUUCAGCGACAAUCGAGAUAUGGAGGAGCCUGAAUGGUUCAGCUCGGGCCCGACAUCUCAACACGACACGAUCGAGCUGCGUGGCUUUGAGGAUAUACCGGAAGAUAAGGCAACGAGCAGCGGAAACGCGAGCGCCAAAAAUAAAAAGCAGUCGCCGGCUCAGAAGAAACGCAACAAGAAAGCCAUCGAAAAGGAGGAGAAGGCUGCCGCCGCAGCAGCAGCUGCUGCGGCCGCGGCUGCGGCUGCUUCAACUGCCCCCCGAGCUUCUACGGGCGGUUCCACUGAAAAGAACGAGACUGGUCCUAAAGCUCGCAGCACACCAACUAUAAUGGAUCAAUCGAUCCUGUCGAUCACGCCACAUUCGCCGAUAUCUGAAGAAAACGAAUCAAAGUCUUCAGAGUCUAAGGAAAAGUCCACUGAAAACGAGAAAAGUGCCAAGCAGACAACCGGUUCCAAAGAGCAGUCCGGUGACACUGCCGGUAAAAAUGAAAAGGAUGAUCAUACUAAUUUCAAUCUUGAUGACUUCCUCAAAAUGGAUACCUUUUCUGCUGUUUCUGGCCUUCUAUCGAAUGGUGUUGGCUCAAACGAUAAUGCUGGCUCGCGCUUUAGUCAGUGGUUCAAACGUGAGAGUCCAACUUUGCAACAGCAGGAGCAACAAAACCAACAGUAUGAUUCUCUGCGCACCUCCAUUCAGGACGAAUUGCUGAACAACCUUCUCAACGACAUAGUCGAGCCCAAAAUACAGAUUCCAUCGGUUACCGAGUCCAACGCCUACUUUGCACCUAUAUCUCCAGCGGCCAACACACUUAACAAUAACGUGAUGCGGCCGCCCCAGAUGCCCCCACAGUCUACUCAGAGCGGUGGUGUUAAACUGCUGGAGAUGCUGCAGCGCAACAACAAGCCGCCCAAUCAAAAUGGCCAGAAUGACAUAAGCAAUAUCAUUCCUCUGAUGAAGAAUACAUCGAUCAAGGAAAUGGGCACAAAAGUUGUUAGCUUGGAAGAAUUGGAAGCACGCAUGCGAGGAGGAGUACCAUCCACACCGUUGCAACCAGAUUUCACAAAGCCAAACAAAUCUGAAGAAGAACUUUCGGCUUUUAAAAAACUGCUUGCUCAAGUUAGUGGAGGACAAGCAGUACCUGCGACAAAUGGUCCUAAUGCGCAAAAACAGACUCCGAUACCCCCACCAACGCAGCAGACAAUCCAACAACCCAUUACCCUCAUGCAGAUGCUAAAUUCCGCUUUAAAGAGCCAACAGUCCAUGCCUCAUCCUCAAGCACAACCACCCCACCUCAACAGCCACCCACCAUCUGAGCCUAUGCAGGUGCCCCCUACGUACAACCACAUUGGUCCUCUGGGUCCUGUGCAACAUCCACAUCAAUCUCAGAUGCAACAUGAGAAUCUCAUGAAGGUGCUGCAAAUUCAACAACAGCAGCAACAGCAACAGCAAAAGCAGCGGCAGCAGUCUGAAAUGUUGUCAAUGUUGAUUGGAAGUGGACCUCAGCAGGCUCAACCUCCGCCUCAGCAACAGCCUGACAAUGUUUCUAUUGCCCAGGCCCUUCAAAGAAUGAUUGGAGCCAGCCCAAUACCAGCUGACGUACAGAUGAUGGUAAACAAUACUCCGUCCACUCGAGAACUAUUGCAAAGACCAGAGGCGGAGGCUCUUAUUCGAGGCUUGCAACGGGGAGAGAUUACAAGGCAGCAUCUCUUCCAGCAAUUACAGAAUCCAGCCGUACAGCAUCGUUAUCGGGAAGUUGUGCUGAGUAUUUUGAAACAUUAUGGUGCUUCUACUCCUCGACCUUCUUACCCGCAAUCAAACUAUCCUUCUCAGGACCAGUUGUUGCAACAGAUGCUGUUUCAGCAACAACAACAGCAGCAGCAGCAGCAACAGAGAAUACCCUCUCCAAUUAAUAACGCGAUGGGUCACCGUGUACCGUCUCCACGAGAACUUGCCAUAAAUACUCAGUCGAUAAUUCAAAAUGCCCUUCUUAAAAAGAAACUUGAGGAGCAGCGCGAAAACUACCGUAAGCGACAGGAACAUCAACAGCAACAACGCUCUGGCACACCAGUAAAUUUACCAGUCAAACAGACGCAUAGCCCGACGCCCCUAGCAUUUACGCCAACCUCCGUCCUUCGCAAGAUGACCGCUGAAAAGGAACCCGAGGGCGGUCAAGAUCCGUCGAAGCUGCUUGUAAACCAGACGGCUCACUUGCAACACCUACAAUCACAACAGCUGACUCAACAACAGCAACAGUUGCUGGGACGACACCCGACGUCGUUGCGACCACAGCAGACGCAACAGCAGCAGCCGCCGCCCCAACAGAUCCAGCCGAAUUGGACUAAUCCAGCGCUCGUCACUAAACAACCACCUGGUCGACCGAUCGUCAAGGGUGGAAGUAAUGCAAGUCAGCAACAGUUCCCAUACAGCAGCAAUGUCGACUUCCAACAGCAGCAGCAGCAACAACAACAACAACAACAGCAACAGCGCAUCGCGUCAAAUAUAUUCGGAAACAACUCAGCGCGCUCGAAGCACACAUUACCUGGUGGAACGUCUCAAUCUGUUGGUUUGCAGAACGUACCUCCUCAGCAAAGUUCUAUGAUGGCACAGCAGAGGCAGUCCGAUCCCAUUAAACAGAUGCGCCACAUCAGCCUACUCCAAGAGGAACUUGUCAUACAGCAGCAACAGCAGAUGAGGGUCAUCAACUCACAACAAUCACUCAGUCAGACUUUUAACUCUGCCAGACCUGAAGGACGAGCUAUGCGUCCACAGCAGCUCAAUGUGUCAAUUGGCGGCCGUGGUCAGAACUCUCCGGGCAUGGGUGGUUUCAUGGGAGGUGAAGGUGGUAACGGGGGUGAUCUAUCUCCCACCUCGAACCAGCUGGCGAGAUGGUUCAGUCCGGAAUUAUUGGCCCAGGCGCGCGCUGGCAAGCUGCCCGAUCUAGGACAAACCAACGUGCUCUCGCUCGAAGAGCUUGAAAGACUCCAGCAUGCCUCUACAACCGUUCACAAUUGAACUGACUGAGCAAAAGACGCUUUCGUGUAUCAUGUAAACAAAAGAUUGAGCAUUAGAGAGAUAGAUUCAAAGAAUCGUGCUCGAGACGAAGAGAGGAAAGCUCGAAGAACAUUGCCUGUCCACAUGGUAUCCCUACUUACUUUGUCUAGAUUUUUUUUUUAUUUUUUGUUGAAUAGCAUUUCUUUCGAUGACGAGAAUAAGUCGUAUGUGAUUGGGUUUUAUUUUAAUUUUUGAUUGGUUGAUCAUUGAAAUUUGCCACUUUUCGUUUGAGAAACAUGCUCAACAAUAUCUCAAAAAUGUAACAAGCAUGAAUGCUUUAAUCACAAAAACCCACAAUAUUUCAUUCACUUCAUUUUAUCAUGGAAAAAAAAUAAAAAAACUUUUGAUAAAAUUUUGAAUUACUUUUUUGUAGAAAUUUACGUAAAACAAAAAGUGCCAAACAUCAAGAUUAAUUCAUUCAUCAAAAUAUAUUUGGUUUAUACUCCACAUGAAAUUACUAACAUACCUUUUUUUGUGCCAAAGUUACUAAGGUAAUAUUAAUGUUUUUAAUAAUAUUUUCAAAAAUAAUCGUAAUCAAACUCGAUUACCUACGACUUUUUCUCUCUGUAACUGUUAUUCUUAAAGUCUUAUGUGAACAGCGCGAUUAUUGCACUGUACGACAUGUUAACUUGUUAACAGCAUUAACUAUGUUAUAUAUUUUUUCGAAAAUUCGUUAACUAUAAGAACUUACUCAGUUCGUGUUAUUUCAAUUUUCCUUAAAAAGAAAAUAGUUUUUUUAUAAAAAACUGCUGUAUUGAAAAGUCGUAACUUUUGGAGAAAAAAAAGUCUUUCGAAUUAUGAAAUAAAUGAUUAAAACGACUAAUUAUUUGUUUCUUAUUUUUUACUCAUGCUCAGGUUGCACGGCAGUUAUGAUUUAUCUGAAUAAAGAUAGCUCUGUUAAUGAAAAAUCCUUUUUAUUCAAAUUACUCGUUUGAAAUGUAAAAGUUGAUUCUACUUAAAAAGUUACAACUUUGAUGCUAGAAUAA